GUGUUCGGAGCACGACCUCAACUCCUGCUUGGUGCAGCUCGGUGACGGUGAGAAAGGAAUCCGCACCACACCACUCUCAAAGGUGGCUGGGCACCUGCCAAGCAUCGGCUUCGGUGCCCAAGCCUUCGAGGACACCCCCGUACUCGCGCUUCCCGCAAGUGGAUGCAUUGGACUACAUUUGUGCUCCCAAGCUCGCCGCUUUGAUCAGGGCUCAAGCCUGUCUUCGGCACGCCGUCUUUGGACCAGAAGCGAAGUCAUGCAGAACCAAUACAGGCACAGAAUCCACAGCAACCAUGUGAAAUCACAACGAUGGUUUCCUGCCAGCAGACAGCAUGAAUGCGCGAUCUAUUUGUAA